AUGGCGGAGAAAUUCGAGAGACAACUCAGUGUCACAAACUUGAGCUUGCAGAUCAAUCAUGCAAACGCUGUUCAAAAUGAUCAAAACUCUGCCGAAGAAGUAGUUGCAGCGGUGAACUAUUACAACGGCAAGAAUAACAUGAACUCUGGUGGUGGAAAUAAGAAUGCCAAAUGCACAUAUUGCGGGAUGGUUGGACACACCGUGGAGAAGUGCUAUAAGAAGCACGGAUAUCCACCGAGGUGGAUACCGAGCUACAAAUCCAAAGGAAAACAGCUAGUGAUGGCAGCCGCUGCGAGCUUGGAGAACACAAUAUUAGACUCGGGAGCCACUGACCAUAUAGUUUUCUCUCGUGAUUUCUUUAAUGAUUGUCAUGUUGUUGAGGGUGCAACUUUGAAUUUGCCUAAUGGAGAGAGAGUCAUAGUUCAACAUAGGGGAGACAUCAAACUGGCAGAGGGUCUAUGGUUGAAGAAUGCCUUACAUAUUCCAGAGUUUAGAUUCAACAUUGUAUCUAAAGCUGGGAAGAUCACUGGUUUUGCUAGAGAGGCAGAAGGUAUGUACCUGCUGCAUCAACCACCAGAGAUUAACUCUUGUAACAAUUCUGUUUUGAAAUAUGGCAGUGCUGAACUUUGGGAUGUAAUCUUCUAUGAAGAUCAUUUUCCCUUAGCUGAUCAAGUCCACCAUAAAGCAGAUCAUGUCAACCAGAUGGCUAAUCCGUCUCUGCCAAACAUCCCCAUCACUUGCUAUGAGGAGUUCAAUAUUCAAAUCCCCAACCACACUCACAAUGAAUUCAUGGAAGGUGCUUAUAACAAUAAUGACAUGAGUUCGCCUCACAACAUGGGAGAAGACACAACUCAUGAUGAACCAGUACCCACAACUCCAUCCCACAAUCAUGAUGCAUCAAUGCCUGAACCAGUGCAUAAUUAUGAUGAAAUCAGCAAUGCCAACAGUGAGUCCUCAUCGCAUGCAGCUCAUAAUGAAGAAUGCAAUGGGGAAACAAACACAACUAAUCUUCCCAUACAGCCCAGAAGGUCAAGUAGGCUACGCAAUGCACCACCUAAGCUGCAAGAUUAUUACUGUGAUGCUACUAUGAGUAACAGAACCUCUCCCCACUCUAUAUCGAAGGUAAUAUCCUAUGUCAAUCUUAGUCCUUCGCACAAGAUUUUUUCUAUGGCAGUUUCAGCAAUCAAGGAACCAAGAACAUACAAUCAAGCCAUACAACACGAGUGUUGGAAGAAAGCCAUGGAUGUUGAAAUCACAGCCCUCCAGAACAAUCAGACAUGGGAGCUAACUGAUUUGCCCCCGGGAAAAAUACCCAUAGGUUGUAAAUGGAUUUUCAAAGUUAAAAUGAAAGCUGAUGGCACAAUAGAAAGACACAAGGCAAGAAUCGUAGCAAAAGGCCACACACAACAGCUUGGUGUAGACGAUCGUGACACGUUCUCCCAGUGGCAAGAUUAA